UUUUACGAAUUAUCUUUGAAAGACAGGGUCCUGAAAAGGGACCGUUUCUUUUUUUGCUGAGUUUACUUCUGGUGUCCCAAAACGCAAUGAAACAGUCCGGUGUGUUCGAAGCGUAAAAACAGUCGGUGUGUUUCGAAGCGUAAACCUAAAGCCUUGUCGGGAAAAGCAGGAGGAGCCUAUUCUAGAGCUCUGUGCUGCUGUCACUGUGCCACAAUCUGUAGUGCGCCCUCGUUUUGGGCUUGCGUCACAUGCUCCGACUCUGUAGUGCUACAGCUCAUCUACCGUGUUCCUCCUGACCUGAAAGGAUUUGGACAUAGGAUACUGUCCUUUUGUGAGGUGCUGUGGUUGCACGGGGACGCACCGUAGCUCUCGUCUGGUCUAGUCGGACAUGUUGAUUACUGGGUGGUAUUUAUACCUUGCAGCUCGGAGCAUCCUCAAACAAACAUUGAACAUGGCCUCUAUCCUUCAGAAGCUCAUCACCCCCCUGUUCAGUGGGACCCCAGAGCCCCCCAGGAACAAGGUGACAGUGGUGGGGGUCGGCCAGGUGGGCAUGGCCUGUGCUGUCAGCAUCCUGCUCAGGGAGCUAGCUGAUGAACUGGCCUUGGUGGACGUGAUGGAAGACAAGCUGAAGGGAGAGAUUAUGGAUCUGCAGCACGGCAGCCUCUUCCUUAAAACACCCAAGAUAGUCGCCGGCAAAGACUACUCUGUGACGGCUAACUCUCGCAUCGUCGUGGUAACGGCAGGCGUACGUCAACAGGAAGGAGAGAGCAGGUUGAAUCUGGUUCAGAGGAAUGUCAACAUCUUUAAACACAUCAUCCCCCAGAUCAUCAAACACUCCCCCAACUGUAUCAUCAUCGUGGUCACCAACCCAGUUGAUGUGCUGACCUAUGUGACCUGGAAGUUGAGCGGCCUGCCUAAGCACCGCGUCAUCGGCAGCGGCACCAACCUGGACUCCGCCCGCUUCCGUUACCUGAUGGCCGACAAACUGGGCAUCCACGCUACCAGCUUUAACGGAUGGAUCCUGGGAGAACACGGAGACACCAGUGUCCCUGUGUGGAGCGGUGCUAACGUAGCAGGCGUUAACCUGCAGACGCUGAACCCUGACAUCGGUACUGAUGCUGACCAGGAGAACUGGAAGGAGACGCACAAGCAGGUGGUCAACAGUGCCUAUGAAGUGAUCAAGCUGAAGGGCUAUACUAACUGGGCCAUCGGCCUGAGUGUAGCUGACCUGACAGAGAGUCUGAUCAGGAACAUGAACAGGAUCCACCCUGUCUCUACCAUGGUCAAGGGCAUGUACGGGAUCAAGGACGAGGUGUACCUGAGUCUGCCGUGUGUCCUGAACGCUGGUGGCGUGGCCAGCGUGGUCAACAUGACUCUGACGGACGACGAGAUUGGCCAAUUAAAACAGAGCGCUGACACACUGUGGGGAAUCCAGAAGGACCUGCCGGAUGUGUAACAGAACACCAGGGGGCGCUACACUCCAUUUACCCCCAGGGUGGUCCCAAUAAAAUCUCCUUUGUCCUUAAGUGUGGACUCCUUCACAAUCUUCUAAUCUAGAUUCACACAAUCCAAAAGCAUUGGAUUGCUGGAGGCAUGGGCUAGUGCGAGUUUCCACCAUAUUUCUUAUACUAGUAAUUUCCUUUCAAAUCAAUGAAGGGAAGUGAACUAGUGCACACUUUUGGAGGAAGGCGAGAUAAUUGUGACAGAGCCCCACUCUCCUGAUCACCUAUAACUCAACAUAUGCCACUUAGCAAACAGUUGCUUUUAUCCAAAACGAUUUACAGUACAGUGAUUGCAUAUAUUUUGAAAGUGUAUUUGUUCCCUGGGCUAAUUCCCGUCAUUCAUUUUAAAUGCAUGAACUCACUAACUGUAAGUCGCUCUGGAUAAGAGUGUCUGCUAAAUGACUAAAAUGUAAAUGUAGUUGAACCCACAACUUUUCCAUUGCUAGCACUACACUCUUAACAACUGGGCUACACUGUAAAAAAAUUACAAAAUCUUGCACUCUUGUACUGUUCUUAGCUUCCCUGGCAUCUGGAGGGGGUUGGGUCACCAUAGAAAUAGGAUCUAGUCAUUCUAUUUCUAUGUUGGUCCCAUGGUCGUGGGUACUUGGUGUCAGGGUUACUUUCUACAUGACUGCUUUACUGGAGAAGGGGCAGAUUGAAGCGUCUUUGGGUUGGUGAACAGCGCUAUAAAAAAAAUAAACAUUUAUUCAGGUGUGGGAUCAGCAAAUGGUUCAGUCAUUUGUCAGAAUGAAGGGAAAUAUAAUCUGUCAAUCAUGUUGUUUGAUGUGUAAAUUAAUAAAGCAAGAUUAUUUAUUGG